AAAUGAUAGAAGUGGGAAAUGCUUAUCACGAGUUAUAGAUUACAUACUAAAUUACCUUACUGACCAUUAUAGCCUGCUGACUAUAAUGGUUCGAAUACAAUAUUGUAUCCACUUUGUAACUACAGAAGUAUAACGUUCAUAACUUGUGUGCGGAAAUGGUUAGGAGGUUGUAGAGAGGUCAGAGGGUAAGGCUAUUCACCCAGGAUUCUCUCGAUUGUAGAAUAAACAGCCAUCUUGGAUCUAAGAGGAGAAGGGAAAUUAAUGCGGUGACAAACGGCAUGUUCAGUGCUACGAGAAAAAAGUUUGUAGAGGGGGUCGAUAGCGACUACCCGGAUGAGAGCAUGUACUACAGCCAGCCGUCUAUGUUCUCACAUCGGUCAGACAAAGAUGUGAGUGCUCUGUCUGCUCGAUCGCACGUCCCGAGCACUGCUCCGUUUGAACUUGAAAUGCUCUCAUCUCCCUCCCCGUCAUCAUCAGGUCAACUGUCCCAGCUUGGUGCCAGUUUAUAUGGCCCACACAGUGCGCUGGGCUUUUCGAUAAGGGGCAUGGGCAACAACACGCCUCAGUUAAACCGCAGCUUAACACAAGGCUCCCAACUACCAAGCCAUAUCACGCCCACCACGGGGGUGCCCACCAUGUCUCUCCAUACCCCGCCCUCGCCAAGCAGGGGGAUCCUCCCGAUCAACUCGCGGGGGAUGCUGAACCACUCCCAGGCGGGCCAGAGCAUCGGGAUGAGCAGCGGCAGGACCAACAGCAUGGGCAGCUCAGGGCUCGGCAGCCCGAACCGCAGCUCCCCCAGCAUCAUCUGCAUGCCCAAACAGCAGCCUGCCCGGCAGCCCUUCACCAUCAACAGCAUGUCGGGAUUCGGGAUGAACCGGAACCAGGCAUUCGGGAUGAACAACUCGUUAUCGAGCAACAUCUUCAACGGCACGGACGGCAGUGAAAACGUGACGGGGCUAGACCUAUCAGACUUCCCUGCGUUAGCGGACCGGAAUAGGAGGGAAGGAAGCGGAAACCCAACGCCACUUCUCAACCCACUAGCUGGAAGGGCCCCCUAUGAAGCCUCUUCUCUUCAUCUCAUGACCUCAUCAGUUGGCAUGGUGACGAAGCCAUCGAACGAACCGACGCAGGAUUUCUCCAUCCACAACGAGGACUUCCCCGCACUGCCUGGUCCCAACUACAAGGACCCUACGUUGAGCAACGACGACAGCAAAACUAACUUAAACUCUACAGGUAAGAGCACGUCUAGUGUGGACGGGCCUAAGUUCCCCGGAGACAAGACCACCUCAGCACAGAACAACAAUCAGAAGAAAGGGAUUCAGGUGUUACCGGACGGACGGGUGACUAACAUUCCUGGGGGAAUGGUGACCGACCAGUUCGGGAUGAUCGGCCUGCUGACGUUUAUCCGGGCGGCGGAGACGGACCCAGGCAUGGUGCACCUGGCGCUGGGCAGUGACCUCACAACGCUGGGACUGAACCUCAACUCUCCUGAAAACCUGUACCCCAAGUUUGCGUCCCCCUGGGCAUCAGCACCGUGUCGACCUCAAGACAUCGACUUCCAUGUUCCAUCUGAGUACCUAACCAACAUCCACAUACGGGACAAGCUGGCAGCGAUUAAACUGGCUCGCUACGGUGAAGACCUGUUGUUCUACCUGUACUACAUGAAUGGAGGAGACCUGCUCCAGCUCCUGGCAGCAGUAGAGCUCUUCAACAGGGACUGGCGGUACCACAAGGAGGAGCGGGUGUGGAUCACGCGGGCACCAGGAAUGGAGCCCACGUUAAAGACCAACACCUACGAGAGGGGGACCUACUACUUCUUUGAUUGUCUUAACUGGAGGAAGGUAGCCAAGGUAAAGGAGUUCCACCUGGAGUACGACAAGCUAGAAGAGAGGCCGCAUGUCCCUUCUACCUUCAACUACAACCCAGCCCAGCAGGCCUUCUGAGGCCGAGUACAAUACAGUCCCAGGGGUACGGCUGACCAUGCACACCUCCCUCCCAGCCUGAGGAGGGCGCUGUGGUCCAGGCAUCCAUCCUGGUUUUUAUUCCUUGAGGAUCUGACUAAACUGACUGCAGGAGGUGCUCACCACCAUGUAUAGGUGGGGAAAACUGAGCCCUGCCUUUCCCAGAUGAUGUGCUGCCCAAACACUUAUACUUGUUCUGUUUUUAUUCCUUUAAUUUCCUAGUUUUUGUGGUUUGGUUAUUGAGCAGGGUCUGUGUUUUGUUUACGUCUCUGAAUCAGAAGCCUGUUUGAUCCCAGGCAGGGAAACUGGCAACACCGGCACACUUUACAGUGACAGAACAAGGGUUGUGCCUCAUUUUUCCAACAUAAAGUGUUAAGAAUGGAGAAAGGUGGGGAAGACCAACAGGUACAUCACGUGCGAACAAAGGGGCCGAAGAAUUGCAAUGUUCAUUGUUGCACUAUUUAGUAAUAAAAGAUCACAGAUUGUUUGUGCUUUUGUGAAAACACUCCCUCAUGUUUUGUUUUGGAAAGAUGACGUGCUGGUCUACCCCCCCCCCCUUCCAAUUCUCUUUUCAACCUCUCUUGUACAUUCCCUCUCUUCUCAAUCGAUCCCACAGCCCUUAUUUCCUUUUGACAGGGAUUUUCUGUCUGGUUUCAAAAUAGACCCAAAUCAGAGACUUGUAGUGAACAUUCUCAACCUGUGGACAACACCCCAGCUUUGUUGUUCCAGAGCAAGCAAAACACUUUCCAGUCUUUGUUACGAUUUUGUAAUAAACGUGUACAUUUUUUUAUUUUCGAACAUCACAUGACUAAAGAUGUAUGUACGAAUGUGUAUAUAUUAUAUAUAUAUAUGUAUGUAUAUAUAUAUAUAUGACAUCUAUUUUGGAAAACAUUUUGCCCUGCUGUACCUCAUUUUUAGGAGGUCAGCAUGGAAGAAAUAUGUGGAUAAAACAGGACAUUUCUGGAUCUGCUGGACAGGGCGUCACACGACACCAUGGGCACUUACGGAGAAAUACAACAACAAAAAAGGCAAGGAAAGGCCUAAUUCUGAGCAAAAAACAAGGACAUCCAACCCAAAAAACAAACUAACUAGUCAAAGUCCAAAGCAAGGACAGAUGGACAUAUUUCAGCUAAAGCUGUUUAAACGGCAGCAUUUCAUAGGAAAAGGAAAAAUGUAUAAUUUGAAAAAAAUGAAUACAGACCAAUCUUGUAUUUUCUGACAUUCAAGGGUUCUUUUCUUUGUAAUAAAGCAGAAAAGGCUUUCCUGAACUA